CGCCUAUUGGUUUACUCUGGCUUUUUUGCUACUAAAAAGCUUGAUGAAACGUCAGAAACUCAAGAAGGGUAUGUUCUUACAGCUUCUUCUAAGCUGCUUUUGAAGAGUGAAAUCCCAAAUCUGUCUCCUUUUGUUAGAGCAUUGGUAGAUCCAGUUAUGGUGAUUCCAUGGCAGUGUUUGGGAGAUUGGUUUCUUGGAAAUGAAGCCACCUCAUUUGAAACAGUAUAUGGUGCACCCAUGUGGGAAUAUUGUGAUCAAAAUCCAAGAUACAACAAAGCUUUCAAUGAAGCAAUGUCUAGUGAUUCCGAAAUGACGAGUUUGGUAGUGAAGGACUGCAGAGAAAUUUUUGAAGAGCUAGAUUCCUUGGUUGAUGUUGGAGGAGGCACUGGUGUUAUGGCUAAGACUAUUUUGGGUGCAUUUCCUCGUAUAAAAUGCACUGUCUUAGACCUCCUUCAUGUUGUUGCUAAUAUGCCAGAGAUAGAAAAUUUGAAAUAUGUGGGAGGUGACAUGUUUCAGUCAAUUCCCCCUGCUGAUGCCUUUUUGUUUAAGAUGAUUAUGCAUGAUUGGAGUGAUGAGUAUUGUGUGAAGAUGCUAAAGAGAUGUAGAGAAGCUAUUUUUAAUAUUAAUGAGUUGUUCAAAGCACAGGCUCAUAUCUACAAGCAUGCAUUUGGUUAUGCAAAUUCCAUGGCCUUGAAUUGUGCCAUUCAAUUUGGCAUACCAGAUAUUAUACAUAACCAUAAAAAACCAAUCACUCUUCCUGAACUACUUUCAGCACUCAAACUUCCCUCAUCAAAAUCAACUGGCAUUUAUCGACUAAUGUGCCUGUUGGUGCACUCUAGAUUCUUUGCUACAGUAAAGAUCGACGAAAACUCAGAUACAGAAGGAUAUAUUUUGACAACUCCUUCAAGGUUUCUUCUUGAGAGUGAAAUCUCAAUUGUCACCUUGUGUUAG